GUUUGGUGUGACAGUUCUCGAAAGUAUCAUUCCAGCUAUUAGGUCAUUUGAACGCAGUAUUUGUUUGUGUGUAGAUGAAAAAAUAAAUGCGUAAAAAACAGUCAAAAAGAAUUUGCAUGAACAAGUGAAAGUUUGAACGAUGAAUUACGGUUUCUAAAUCCGGAGAAAAGUGGAAAUUAAACGAGAUUGAAGAAAAGUUCAUGUAAAGCGAACCGAAAAGAUGGGACGGAAAGCAAAAGACGCGGCUCAGAAAAAAAUUGGCGAAUGGACGGGCUCACGACGUAAUGUGUCAAAAACAACAACAAAGAGCGAAAAUACCAAUGCAUCAAAUGAAAAUCGUGCUCCGCUGCAAACACAUUCACAAAGUGAUAUCAAUGCCAUGAAAAAUUGUACCGUUCGAUUGGAAGUAAUGCGAAUGGAGCCAAAAACCAGCGAAGCUGCUGCAAGUAAAGUACCGGUGAAAAAAGGUGUUCCAGAUGAUGGUGAUGUCAUAAUCAAGGACAAGCAAGCCGAUGCAAAAAAUGUAUACGACUACUCGUUUGACGUUGAUGACGAUCCGGGUCCGAUGAAAGAAACGGAAGAAGGUAUGAAAGAUCUUUUCGAAAAAUUGGCUAAAGACGGUCUGAUUGAAGUGAAAAAAUAUCGACCAAAAAAUGUUGGAAAGAAGAAGAAAGUGGAUGAUAAGGGACCGGUUAAAAAGGAAGCCACACAGAAACGUCGCCGUGAAAAGCAACCAAUUGAUGUAGAGCCACCGCGAAAGAAACCUAACCUGAAAACAAGAGUGGCCAAAGUUGAUGUUGCGAAAAGUGAUACAACAUCAGCAAACACAGCUGCGUUACCACCGCCAAAGCGUAAUGUUGACGCGGAAAAUUUGGCAAAUAACAAUGUUCCAGCCAAAAAAGUGACGUUUGAAUCCAAGCAAACUGCGAACGUAAAUGUUGCCAUUCGAUCGAGUCCACGCAAACAGGCGACCAUAGUCGAUAGCGAAAACAUAAAUGCACAGCCACGGCUACGAAACCGGGUUCUAAACAAUUUCCAGUCAACACCGAAGCCAUCUGCACCAAAGUCAUCCACACCGCUUGGCACAAAAGCACCAGCCCAAAACAAGGGAAACAACCGAUCAUUAAAUUCUUUGUUCUUUGAUAAUGCAUCGCCGCUUGUUGGCUCGACCAGAGCUACACGAGGCAAUCUUCAAAAGCAUCGCCUGCAAUUGUCGGCAAUAAAUGAUGGUCCAGAAGAUGUGCCAACCACAAAAUUGGGCCAAAAUCCAGAAAAUGAGUGUGUACCACCAGUGGACAUCUUCGAUGACGACGACUUUGAUUUCGGUAACAAUAUGGCCAAUGAACCAGUACCAGAUGUUGUUGUUGACAAGGAAAAUUCGUGGGACCAACCCAGCACCAGCGCAGCUGCUUUGAGUGCACAAAACAAACCGGGAACCAGCAAAUCCGCUUCAAGCUUGUGGGAUCAACCAAGCACAAGCGCAGCAGCCUUGCUGUGGGAUCAACCGAGCACAAGCGCAGCAGCCUUGCUGUGGGAUCAACCAAGCACAAGCGCAGCCGCCUUGCGUGCAUUGGACAGGCCUGAAACGAGUGCAACGACAUCAAAGUCUUCUUCGAAUGUGCAAAAAAAAGCGGCAACCGGUAUUUUACGGCCGCGCGAUCAGCCAAGUACUAGCGCAGCUGCUCAAACGCCACGUAGAGAAACCGAUCACAGCAUCUUCGAGAUUCAAGACACAAGCGAACACAACAUCUUUUCGCCCACAAAACGAGUGCAACGCGUCUACGGUCGAAGCCCUUUGAAAAAUAUCACAAGUGAAGUGAACAACACCAAUUCACCAAGUUUUGAAUCGGUCAAAUCGAUGCCACGCAGUUUUGGCACGCUCCCAAAGUCAACACUGAACUCGAUCCAAACCGUCAACUCAACGAAAGACACUAGCCUCACAUUACCAGAAGCAUCGUACUUUUCAUCGCGCCGUGUGGCCCAAGAUUUUGAUCGCAACAUUGACAAUCAACAUUUCGUUGAUAAUUGCUUUGGUUUCGACGAUGGCGAUGAUGAGGAUAUCACCAACGAAACUGCUAACAAUGAAUCGGAACAUGCUCAAACCAUUGAUAAUGAUUUCUCGAAAUCUGGAUCGAACAAAAUGGAAGAACUUCGCGCCCGACUCAAACGAUUCCGUCAAAAUCCCGAUGCUGAGCCAAAUGAAAGCGUUAAAAUGGCAAAAGUCACCGCAACGGUAUCAGAGAAAAAUAAAGCAAAGAAAGGCAAAACACCGACCAAGACUCCGACGAAAACUCCGGCAAAAACUCCGGCGAAAACUCCGGCAAGAACUCCGAUAAAAAGAGCCGCAAAAACGGACAAAAGUCCAGAGAAGGUAAAGCGAAAUAUCGUAUUUGGUGACACUGGUGCCAAACAGAAAGACAUUCGGAGUGCAUUUACGGUCAAACCGACUGACAAGCAUUCCAAAUCCGACAAAUCCAAGGACACUCCAGUUGCGAUUCUAUUCGGAGAGGUUGAAACGGUUCAAGACAGGCGACGAAGCUACAGUCGACCGCAACGUCAACGCAAGCGACGCAUUUCGAUUGAUUCAGACGAAUCGGAGGAGGAGGAGGAGAAGCACAGCGAUGAUGAAGACUUUGACGAAAACGGAAAGUCCCCGAAACGUGCCAAACGUCGAAAGAAAACCGCUGAACCAAAUCCCAAAGAACUUGAAGAAUUGGAUGAAUUCGCCAAGAAGCUCAACGAGCAUUUCGAAGAAAUUGACAGUUUCGAUGUGAUAGUCGAAUGAAUGAAUUCUUUAAAUCACAAAACAAAUAAUGGCUGGCUCAAACAUUCAAAAUGAAAUUAACACAUAAGCAUACAAGAAACUCUUAUAUUCGUAGUAGUCGUAUUUAUCCAAGUGAAAGUUCAGAACGAGACUAAUUUAAACACAACAACAAUAAUAAACUUUAUAAAGUUUGACAAAACAAAAA